CCUACACCCCUAGACUCUGUGUGCUCCUCUUGCCGAUCACCAGCCAUGAGGACUCCUAUGUUGUGUCUGCAGCUGCUCCUGCUCAUGUGGCCAGCCCAGGCCCUGCAGUGUCAUGAGUGCUUUGCUACAGAAGAUUGUUUCCAGCCUGUGUCUUGCCCAGCCAAUACCCGCUACUGCCUGACCACCUGGAACAGUCCCCCAGGUGAGAAAACCAUUAUCAUAAAAUCAUGUGCUUACACCUGCCCUGGCUUCCAAGAAAGCCUGGCUGCCUCCAGAGCCUCCUGCUGUAACACGGACCUCUGCAACAGUACAGUGAGCCACAGCAUCAGCUGGGGGCUGCUAGCUCUCAGCAUCUGGGCUGUCUACCUCAGCAGGUAGAUCUGGAGCUGCAGAAAUAGAGUCUGGAACCAGGUCCUGCUGUGCAGAGGAUAUGCUAUACAUUCUCAGAUGUGCCACUUUCCAUCCCUUACUGGGCUGAUUUCAGGAUAGUACAGUCAUAUACAUGGGACCUUACAUAAGAUGGACACCUCCACCAGGUUCUUGUUGCUGUCCAGAAUCCUGCUGUGGGAUCCCUGGCACAAGAGUUGUUCGUCUGCUGACUUCCAGAUGCUGGGACAUUUAGGUGGCCAUGGCCUUACACCUGUUACUGAGCUGGGGUUAAGACAGACACUCUUUUGUGGACUACCUAACUACCUUGGAAAACCUGGGCCUGGCCACCACCACCACCUCAGACUAUUGCGUGCUACCUCCUCAACUCUGUAACUCUGGAACUCAUGUGUGCUGCUGUAAGUUGGGUCCAAAGGGCCUCAGCAAUUGGAAAUCCCAUGGGUGUCUCUCGCUGGCAUGCAGAGUGGUAGAGGAGCCACUGCCCAGACAGGGACUGAUGCUUUCUCCUGGGUAUUCCUUGGGUCAGGGCUGGGGGCAGUGAGUUGGCCAGGCAAAACUUGCUGCAAUGCUUGCAGAUCCAGGAGACUGUUGCAAUCCUGAGCAAUUCUCUACGGUGGUACUCACCUCUCCCAGGAUCUCAUGUCCUAUGAACUCUGGAUCACAGAAGCUUCAUCUAGCUUCAAGGACACCCCAGGGGGGAGCCUGAAACUGCUUUUCCCUUGUGGCCUAUGGUUCAUGUAAAUGGCCUUGGUCAACCUGGCAAUUCUUGUGAGUUGUGUAUUCUUUAUUAAAGAAUUACUGCUUCCUAUUAGG